ACAAUUUAUGCAUGCAAUUAAGUAACCGCUUCCGCCGUUCUUCUCCAGAUUUGCAGAUUUAAAAAAUGGGACGCAAGAAGCGGAACGUCGUUAAUCGCUCCAAACCCUCCAAAUCACCGUCACCGGCGGCGGAUCCCCCGUCUUCCAACCCCGACAAUUCCCCAGACAAUUCACCGGCGGCGGAUCCUCCGUCUUCCAACCCCGACAAUGCCCUAGGUAAUUCACCGGCGGCGGAUACCCUGUCUUCCAACCCCGACAAUGCCCUAGGUAAUUCACCGGCGGCGGAUGCCGCUGCGAAAUCGGAGGUCACGGAUUUGGAACGCUAUAGCAGCGCAAAACCUUCUCUGUCCCAUUCUGCGAUAAAGCUUGAAUGCCAGCGCGCCCUGACGGCGCUCCGCCGUGGGAACUACACCAGAGCCCUAAGAUUGAUGAACGAUUUUUCCUCGAAAUACGGGAAUUCCCCACACGCUUCCUUGAUUCAUCGUGUUCACGGCAUUGUCUGUGUGAAGGUGGCUUUUCUUAUGGAGGACACAAAUGCCAAACAGAGGCAUUUGAGGAAUGCAAUUGAGAGCGCGAGGAAGGCUGCUAUGCUGUGCCCUAAUUCCGUGGAGUUUGGACUAUUCUACGCUAGUUUGAUGUACGAGGCGGUGGAUGAGGCCAAGGAGUAUGAGGAGGUGGUGCAAGAGUGUAAGAGGGCUUUGGCAAUAGAAAACCCCGUGGACCCUGCCGAGGAGGGUUUGCAAGAGGAGAGCCAGAACAAAAUUUCUACCGCCGAGGAACGAGUUGCCCGUGUUCAGAAUGAGCUCCGUUCGUUAAUUCAGAAGUCUGUUUUAGCUUCGUUGAAAGCUCUCGAAAUCAGAGAGGAGAACUUUUGUCCGAUUCCUAUCACGAGAGUGCCUGAGGAUCCAAAUGAGAUUAAGAAGGUGGCUAAGACGCCUGAGGAGCGUAGGAAGGAAAUCGAGGAGAGAGUGACUGCAGCUCGAUUUGUGCAGCAGAACUCGGAGUAUGCUCAUAAUACUAAAAACGAUAGCAAAGGGUCCGAGAAUGGUCGAGGUUCGGGCUCGAGGAAAAAUACAUCUACGGAUGAGAGGAGGGAUUUGGUCCUAACGUUUUGGAACUCAAUGAAUUUGGAUGGGAAGAAAGAAUGCCUGAGAAUUAAGAUUUCGGAUCUAAAGGCACAUUUUAGUUCAUCAAAGGAUGGGUUGCCGAGUGAAAUGCUUGAUGAAGCUUUAUCUUUUGGGGAAACAAAUAAAGUAUGGAGGUUUUGGGAAUGCUGUCGCUGCAACGAGAAAUUUGCUGAUUCUGGUUCAUUGAUGCAGCAUGUUGUUCAGGAGCAUAUGAGAAGUUUGCUACCCGAAACGCAGUCAGUUCUACCCCAAAACGUGGAUAAUGAAUGGGCGGAGAUGCUUCUUAACAUUCCUUGGAAACCCUUGGACUUAAAUGCAUCAAUUACGAUGCAUCAGAAACAGUCAAAACCCAAGAAACCCGAUUUACUUGAUGAGUCAAGCGCUAGUCAAAAUGCAGAUGAAUAUGAAUGUGAUGGAGAUCAAAGUAAAAAUUGGCCUGUGUCUGAUGACGCCGAGCGUGCAAAGCUUCUAGAAAGAAUCCACUCCAUUUUUGAGUCACUUAUAAGACACAAGUAUAUGGCUUCAAGUCACGUUAGCAAGAUUAUGAACUUUGCAGUGGAGGACCCUCUGAGCAUCUGUUUUUUGGGUGCUCCGCGUCUUGAAAAAAUUCUGAUAUUUUUGCAGGAAAUUUCUCAGGCUUGCGGAUUAAAUAGAUAUUCUGACAAAAGUAAGGGGGGUGACGAUUCAAAUACCGUGAUGCACUCUGUUGACGACACUCUGGGAAAGAUAGUUUUUAGCAGUGAUGCUUCAUUUCUUGUGCUUGAUGAACAUUUUCUUCCCGACAAGAUCCCUCGUGGUGAUGGUGUUAACAAUGCUUCCAGUGCACUUACUUCAUCCGAUGGCAGCUAUGAGCAUGGUAGUGAACAAUUAGCAUUCUGGCAACAUGAGAGAGCAGAGAAAGCUCAGCAAGGCAUGGAAAUUCUCCAGUUGCUCGAGGAGGAAUCUUCCCAUCUGCGGAACUUGUGCGAGAGAAAACGUGAGCAAUUGAGUUAUGAGGCGGCAUUGCAGGCUUUGGGGGAUCGGUGUUUGGAAGAGGGGAAAAAGAGAGUGCACGUGGCAGAUUUUGUCUUUCAAAGUUACGACUCUGUCCUUAACAAGAGGCGCGAAGAGCUCAUUGAAAAUGAGAAUGGUUUAACAGUUAUGAGCAAUAUAGUUGAGUUAGAUGCUAUAUCAAAUGUGCUGGCGGAUGCAGAUUCCGUAAACAUCAACCGAUGUGUUACAUCUCUUCUGUGUGCCCUGGAAUCUGGUGGAGGUGAUGAGCGGAGAACAAAGGACUAUAUGCAACAGAUGGACUCUUACAUAGAAGCUGCAAUACAGAAACAGAAAGAAGCCGUUUCUGUUGAGAUCAGCAGAAUAGACGCAAGACUCAUGCGAAUAAUAGCUGAAAAGCAGAAAUUGGAAGUUGAGCUUGGUCGUGCAUCUUCACAUGAUUUUCGGUCAAUUUUAAUCCCUCUGGUGAAAUCAUUUAUGGGGGCACGCUUGGAAGAUCUGGCCGAGAAAGAUGCUGUAGAGAAAUCUGAUGCCGCCAGGGAGGCAAUUCUAGCCGAACUUGCUCUUGAUUCCAAAAAGGUCAGUGCAGGAGUUGAUAGCUCAAGACACUCGCACGACAGGACAAAGGACAAGAAGAAAAGCAAGGACAACAGGAAAAACAAGGAUUCAAAGGUUAUUAAUAGUGAUGAGUUGCAAGAUCAGACUGCUGAAGAGAUAGUGCUUCCAAGUGCUCAUGGGGAGGGCGGUCCAGGUUCCGUGAUUGCUGUUCCUGCACCUGAUGAUGAUGCCUUACAACUAAAUGACGAGGAGUACAAACGCAGAAUUGAAAUUGAAGCCGAAGAAAGAAAGCUAGAAGAAAUGUUGGAAUAUCAAAGGCGUAUAGAGAAUGAGGCCAAACAGAAACGCCUAGCUGAGAAACAGCAAGAACUUUCCAGAAUAGUUAGUGACAGCACAGAAACUGUUGCAAUGGCGGAUGAUGAAAAAUAUGCCAGUGAGCAUAGUAAGGAAUCUUUGGUGCAUAAGGAUGGUUUUGCUGACACCGUGGAUGGCAUCGAACAGGUUACUAAUAGUGACGAGUUGCAAGAUCCGACUGCUGAAUAGAUAUUGCUUCCAAGUGCUCAUGAGGAUGGACGGUUCAGGUUCCGGGAUUGCUGUUCCUUGCCUAAUAAAAGAGUUGCUGCAGAGGGCAGAAUUGUAAUUUCGUAAAAAAAAGAGUUGCCGGCAGGCUUUACGGGCCUGGCCCGAAUUUUGUUCAUCACUAGUCAAAACUUUCCUUAAUAAAAUCUCUUUUUGGUUUCA